UUCAUCAACUGUACUUCAGAAUUAAUAAAAUAAAUUAAUGAAUUUAUGUUUCAAGCUAAUUAUUCGUUCAGAUAAAUGUUAAAAUUACCGAAAGUCAAGGACAGAACAGGUACUAAAGACGUAUGCAAAUGCAGGCCGAUUUGUAAGAGCCGUAGACGAGAAUGGAAGGGAGAAACCCACAAGACAUCAGCCGAACUUGUACUUGAAAGGAAACCUUUACAAGAAUGUUUUAGAAGAUGGCCAUCGAAAAUUCACGCAAACAGCCUCUGUCCUUUGUUUGCAAGAAAACAUCGCCUAGUGAUAAAUGAACGGAACGCUAGCAUACCUCCGAACAUCGUACGAAUUUGCCAAACACCCUUAGAUGACAAAGUUGAUACACCAUAUAUAAAGUUUGCGGAAAUGGCGAAAAAAUUAGGUGUAUGGGAUGCAGUGAUAAGUUGCUGUGCAUUUUGCAACUGUGGAAUUUGUUGCGCGUGCCGUCCGCACAACUACGAGAUACGUGCAGAGUCGUGGGACCAGAUGCGUGCAAAUAUGCGUAGUUUUGAUGCACGUGUAAAAGACUGUAUGCCUAUGCGAAUUAUGUAUGACAUACUAUGAUUAAAUUAUGAAAUACUAUUGCAUUUUAUAUCAUAAUAGGAAUUUAUAUGACAU